AUGGAUCCGGACAUCAUGCAGCGGGGAGGAUCCAAACAAAGAGCUGCGAAACGUGCUGCACAAACUUCGGCAGCAGUUCCAGAUCCCAGCCGAUUGGCGACCCACCUUCUGCGGUCAUUCGGCUGGGGGAAGAUGUCUUUGCCAGAAGUACAGGUGGUGGCUGCACUGGUGGAAGAAGAUGCAUUGGAGCCAGUGAAAGCCGAGAUCCGCAUACUUGCCAAUCUCGGCUCUCGGGGCCUAUAUCAGGGAAAUCUCCGGAGAGACCUAUUGAGGCACACUCAAAUGCCUGCUCUUGUGAGCAGCAACGGGUGUGUGCCCAUCAAGAAAGCUCUCCGGGCUGCGAUCCCGUUUUUGGACCCUGUUGACGUGUUUCGGUCGCUGCAGCGACAGCCAAUGGUCUUCCGUGAGUUAUGCUGCAGGAACGAUGGUGACAUAGCGAACUUUUGGCGAGAGGUCGGCUCCUCGCACCCUGCACUCCUGCACCAUCCCGUGAAGAAGAUCAAGAACUACCAAUCCAGAGCGGUACCGCUGAUCCUGCACGGCGAUGGAGUUCCGAUUGACAGCAAGGACAGGUCUUGUGCUUUUAUCUCUUGGAGAAGCCUGCUCUCCUCACAGACCUCUUCAAAGCUCGUCCAUGUGCUGAUAAGUGCUGUUUGGACUGAGCAGAUCGUGGUGUCUUCCUGUGGCAACACUGUGGCCAGCAUCUGGGGACACGUCGUUCGGGCCUUUGAACGAUGUUUCGAAGAAUGCAAGACGAACAAUGACUUGUUCCCG